ACCUGGGGUAAAGACCCAAUGCUCUGACGUCUUCCAUUUCCUUAAAUCGUCCUACCAAUAGAUGUUGGACGCCGUUUGCUUCACCCUUAGAUUUGUGCCGAGGCCCGGCACAGGUUUGUUGUGUAUCUCUACGCCCACCGAGUUGCAAAGAUCUCUGUGUCGUCAGCUCAGUUCCUUCAGCAUUAUCACUAACACGUCUUGGUGAUGGCCUCGCCCACAGAUUGACUUCCAUCGCCUAGUGAAGGGCUAGAACAACGGAACGAUACCGCGGCUCCGGAGGACCACGCUUCUUACACCUAAAGGCCACCAAUGACAUGUGCAGAAGUCUCUAAAAGGGUAUUUGAUGCCAUUUGCCAAAGCCGCGCUGACAUCAACGCCUUGAAGCUUCAGGGAACAGAUGCUGGUUUGCCGCAAUUACCUGGAUUCAACAAUGGGUAGCACCGAGCCAGCCACGACUUUGCGUAUCGCCGCAGCCCAAUAUGAGCCCGAAUGGCUCGACUUGCAAGCUUCGGUGAAGAAGGCUUGCUCGAUCAUCGAUGAAGCUGGCAAGGAAGGGGUCAAGAUCUUGGGAUUCUCCGAAGCGUUCAUCCCUGGAUAUCCUGCUUGGAUAUGGCACCGACCAGUCGAUCCGGUCCUGGCGACAAAGUACAUUCAGAACUCAUUGGCCGUUGAUUCGGAAGAGAUGCGAACAAUCCAAGCUUGUGCAGCAAAGAACAAGGUAGUUGUGGCUUUGGGAUUUUCAGAAAACGACCACAACUCGGUAUAUAUCUCUCAAGCCAUCAUUGACAGUGACGGCAAACUCCUUAUGAAACGCCGAAAACUCAAACCUACCCAUAUGGAAAGGACCAUCUUUGGUGACGCUUCAGGUGACAGCUUGACGAAUGUUGUUCCAACUUCAGCUGGGAAGCGGCUUGGGUCAUUGGCCUGCUGGGAACAUGUCCAGCCUCUGCUCAAGUAUCAUACUGCAACACAGAGAGAGGACAUUCACGCAGGCGGUUGGCCGCCACUGUCACCUCAUGCUGGACCCGAACUGUGGUCAAUGUCAGCCGAGGGAUGUCUCAAUCUGUCACGAACUUAUGCUAUCGAGACUCAAACUUUCGUCAUUCACUCAACAACAGUGAUUGGAGAGAAAGGCAUCGAGUCCAUGGGAACAACGCAAGCAAUGCUCAUGAAUGCUCCCGGUGGUGGCUACUCAGCUGUCAUCGGACCUGAUGGACGCAUGCUAUCGGAGCCGCUCGACCCCAAGUCGGAGGGCUUGGUUAUCGUGGAUAUUGAUCCGAGCAUGUCGAUCAUGGCAAGAAGUUUUCUCGAUAUUUGUGGUCACUACAGCAGGCCAGAUCUGUUGUGGCUGGGUUGUGAUACACGGGAGAAGAAGCAUAAGAUUGAUACUCCAGCUGCUCCUGUCUCGGAGGGAAAAGUUGGAGCAUGCGGCAAGUAGGUGUGGAAGAUGAUGCUCAUGCUCAUGUCUUUUUCUUCUUC